AUGACUACAUCGACGCCUUAUAGUAUUGAAAAUCCCUUCAAAGUGGCCAUCAUUGGGUCAGGUAAUUGGGGUACCGCAGUUGCUAAAUUGGUUGCUGAAAACUGUUCAGAAAAACCAGAGAUUUUCCAAAAAGAUGUUCAAAUGUGGGUGUUCCAAGAGGUCAUUGAUGGCAGAAACUUGACUGAUAUAAUAAAUAACGACCAUGAGAAUGUCAAAUACUUACCUGGAAUCGAAUUACCAAGCAACUUGAUUGCAAAUCCAGAUAUCAUUGAUACCGUAAAAGACGCUGACUUGUUAGUAUUCAAUAUUCCACACCAAUUCUUACCCAGAGUUAGCAAACAAUUGAAAGGUCAUGUGAAACCAACAGCAAGAGCCGUUUCCUGUUUAAAAGGUUUAGAAGUUGACUCUGACGGUUGCAAAUUGUUAUCAACUUCCAUAACUGAUGAGUUGGGUAUUUAUUGUGGUGUUUUAUCGGGAGCCAAUAUUGCUACAGAAGUAGCCAAAGGAAACUGGUCUGAAACUUCAAUCGGGUAUACCGUACCUCCGGAUUUUAGAGGACCGGGUAAAGAUAUUGACGAGUUUGUUCUUAAACAAGUAUUUCACAGACCUUAUUUCCAUGUUAGAGUUAUACAAGACGUUGUUGGUGCUUCAGUUGCAGGCGCCUUGAAAAAUGUAGUUGCUUGCGCAGUGGGAUUUGUGAUUGGCGCAGGUUGGGGGGACAAUGCAAAAGCCGCAAUAAUGAGAAUUGGAAUAAAAGAAAUUAUCCACUUUGCUUCGUAUUGGGAGAAAUUUGGUAUAAAAGGAUUAGCUCCACCUUCACCAUCAACAUUUACGGAAGAAUCAGCGGGUGUGGCUGAUUUAAUAACAACUUGUUCGGGAGGAAGAAACGUUAAAGUGGCUACUUACAUGAUCAAGCACAAUGUAGAUGCUUGGGAGGCUGAGAAAAUAGUACUCAAGGGUCAAAGCUCUCAAGGGAUAAUAACCGCUAAAGAGGUACAUGAACUAUUAACCAAUUUCAAACUUACUCACGAGUUUCCAUUAUUUGAGGCUACUUAUAGAAUAAUUUACGAAAAUGGCCAUGUUGAUGAUUUGCCAGAUUUGUUAAAUUCGUAG